UUUUUUAGUUUUUUCUAAAAUAUAUUGAAUUUCGACAUACAGUGUAUAUAAGUAAAAUAUCCUACUAGGUACAUUUCUGUGAUUUAAUCUAUUCUGUACUACUACUUUUAAACUGUUUAAAUUAUUACGUUUCACAUUAUACACUAAACUUUAAUACAUUAAUUUACAUCUUACUAAAUUAUAAAUAAAAAAAUCAGUUUUAAUAUACAAAAUGAAACUAGUCAUGUCCAAUCUGUAACGUUUUGAUGAUAACCGAGAAAUUUGUGGAUCGUUUCCAAUAUAAAACAACAAAUCCCCGAGUUCCUGAUCGUUGUACCUACAAUAACAACAGCKUAAUCCUGCUUAAAUACACUACGACAACUUUUAAUAGAUAACAGUAGAUUUGUCUCGUUUAUGAAUUAAGUUAAGAAUUAUCUAAAUGAUGGCAAGGAAACGACGUAGUACAACAGAAAUAAAUACUGCUGAAAAUGCUUCGGUUCCAAAACGUCGUUAUACUAGUGCACAAAGAACUCAUCUUGAUGAAAURAUGGUUUUUAAUCAUAAAAAAUGUCUCUCAUGGUAUCACAAAUAUACAAAUGAUGUCGGUGAACUAGGUCCUGAAGGCAUGGAAAAAUUUUGUAUGGAUAUUGGGGUUGACCCAGAAGAUUUAGUAAUGCUUGUUUUGGCUUGGAAAAUGAAUGCUAAAUCAAUGGGGUAUUUUUCAAGUGCUGAAUGGUUAAAGGGUCUUACUGAAUUGCAGUGUGAUUCAGUUAAAAAACUUCAAAGUAAAUUGGAUUCUUUGAGGUUGUAUUUUAAUGAUCCGUUAGCAUUCAAAAGUAUCUAUAGAUAUGCAUAUGAUUUUGCUAGAGAUAAAGAUCAACGAAGUAUGGACAUAGAAACUGCAAAAUUAAUGCUGAAUUUAUUACUUGGAAAACAAUGGAAACUUYACAAUUUAUUUGCUAAAUUUAUAGAUCAAUCAAAGUAUAGAGUUAUUAAUAAAGACCAAUGGUGCAAUAUAUUAGAAUUCUCACGAUCUAUCUCUACAGAUUUGUCAAAUUAUGACAUAGAUGGAGCAUGGCCUGUUAUGUUAGACGAGUUUGUGGACUGGAUAAAAAAUACUAACAGCUGAAAUUAUGAGGAAUAUAAUAAACCACCAGGAUUAUUUACUGGAACAAUAUAAGUUAAAUACCGUUUAAUAAAACUGAAUCGAUCUCUCUUUUGCUUUUCCAAUUUCCAUUUGAAUAAAUUCAUUUUUCAUUUCAACGAUACAGUGCAUUAUACAAAU